UACUUAUUUAGUCGCAGGCGCAGCGCCGCUCAGACAUGUUGGCUCUCAUUUGCGCGCGUUAGUUCAAGAUCACUAAUAAACGGUGCGUCGCUGCCCCCUGGAAACACAGCGAGUGGGAGCGAGACGGCGAAUGCCAAGAAAUAGACGCGUGCAGAGAAACGUUUUAAUACAUUUAUUUAGACAAUAUUUACACCGCCGCUGCAAUUAAAAUUGAUAGCAAUUAAAAAGUAUUUGAAAGAAAAAUUAAACGUGUCGUGAAGUGCAAGUGGGAAAAGUUUUAAAAAAUCAAAUUAUUUUAAAAACAACUAAAAGAAAAUACGCUAAUAACGGGAACGUAGAGGGCUACACUCAGUGCGACGCAAGAUAUCGGUCGAGGAAGACGCCCCUUUAUAUAGAACAUCGAUUACAGCACCAAGAUCAAAACGCGGAUACAUCAAGAUGACAUCACGGGUGCGUCAUUGUGCCCGUCUAGGGAUCGUCGUUCUUGGCAUCUUCUGCAUUGUCAGUGGGAUUUACCUAUUCCGGAAUUGGAUCGAAAUGUUUACACGCAUGCGCGGCAAGGAAAUGGCCUUAGGCCCCACAUCACGAUCAUUCGAUGGUUGGAAGGUCUCUCCCCUGCCGCUUAAUUUUGAUGUCUACCUCUUCAACUGGACGAAUCCGGAGGAUUUCUAUGUGGGAUCUAGUAAAAAGCCCCGCUUUGAGCAACUGGGACCGUACCGGUUUCGAGAGCAGCCCGACAAAGUGGACAUAGAUUGGCACAAUCAAAAUUAUUCCGUGUCGUUCCAUAAAAAGUCCUGGUUCUAUUUCGAUGCUGCCGGCAGCAACGGAAGUUUGUCGGAUAUUGUCACCCAAGUCAACAGCGUUGCUCAUGCUGCUGCUAAACGUGCCGCUGACAACUGGGUGGGCAGAAACGUUGUUAACUUUGCCAAUAAGUUGUUAAGCCAAAGAGUUUCCGUCACGAAAACAGUGGACGAAAUGCUCUUCAAGGGAUACGAGCACCCAAUCGUCAAUUUCGGAAAGCUGGUGACGCCCCAAGAGGUGCCUUUCAAACGAAUAGGCUUCCAGUACGGUCGAAAUGGCAGUGUCGACUUCGAUGGACACAUAAACAUGUUCACAGGAGCCGAUGAUAUUGCCAAAAUGGGUCAGAUCCACACGUGGAAUAACCUGACACACACUGGAGCCUUUGAAGGCACCUGCGGGCAGGUGCGGGGCUCUAUGGGUGAAUUCUUUCCACCCAACUUAAAUACCAACGGCAGCGUUUACAUGUACAUGCCCAAGAUGUGUCGCGCCAUACCGCUGGAUUACACAGAAACGGUUACCGUUCACGGAGUUACCGCCUACAAGUUCAGCGGCACGGAGCAUGCCGUCGACAAUGGCACUAAGUUCCCGGAGACGAGCUGUUAUUGUGUCGGCGGCAAGUGUAUGCCCAGCGGAGUGAUCAAUAUCGGACCCUGCGCCUUUAACGCGUCCGUCUACAUGUCCUUCCCCCACUUCUACAUGGCGGAUCCCAGCUUUCUGGAGGCCAUCGAAGGUCUGCAACCGGACCGUGAGAAGCACGAGUUCUUCAUGACCCUGGAGCCCAAUGCAGGCGUACCCAUGGAUGUGGGCGGUGGCUUUCAGGCCAACUACUACAUGGAGCCCGUUCCGCAGAUAACCCUGUACGAGAAUGUCCCACGGGUGAUGAUUCCCAUGAUGUGGGCCGAGGAACGAGUCCGCGUCUCAGAAGAAAUCGCUGCGGAUAUCGCGCUGGUUCCCCUAUUUGUCCUGCUAGGACAGAUCGUGACCGGCAUUCUGCUGGCAGGCGGUCUGAUCUGCACCUGUUGGUAUCCCACGCGAAAGGUGACGCACUUCUGCCACAGCGAUCCCAAAGCCAAGGCCAACGUUCUGCGUCCUCUCACCGCAUUUGGUGUAAAUUCAGCGGCAGUCACGGCUCCGGUGGCCCAGCUAUUCCGCAACAAUACUAGUUCGGCGGGCAACGAUCGCGUAGGAGUGCGGCUGCUGGAGUACAAUCGCGGUUCCGGAGUAAGGGGCGAGAGCGGUAUAACAGAGAGCUCGCCCAGGGAACGACUCAUCAGCGAGGACUCGCCAGAUGUUAUAGUUAGAUAAUACAUGCGUUGGCAUCAAGCCUUUCUGACGGUGCCUCCGACGAUCAUCUGCCUAAGACUCAUUUAUGUCGCCGUAGCUUAGGAUAGCAAAAAGUGAUGAAGCCAUUCUGCCUUAGCCAGGCUCACAGAGGCUGGACCUAGUUGCUCACCAAGGAAACCGAUUCGGAUCACAUCACAUACCGCAUUACCACGCUCACCCACCCGCAUAAAGAGUUCCCUCAAGACAUCUGCAUGCUCUGUAGAUAACGAGAGAGAUUAAUAAGAUUAUUUAUUUUAGUGCCAAAAAAACAGAGGAAACGUUACUAAAAGUCACUAGCUUUUUAGUAGGCUAAACAUUUCUGUAAAUAGAGUCUUUAAGCGCCACAUUCAUUUCCCUAAAUUGUUGAAGUUAAAACUGCGCAUGCCCAAAGUAUUUAUAUUUAUAUGCUAAUGCCUAACUUUUGUAAUUUUUAAAGCGAUAUUUCAGUUUUUAUUCAAGUUGAGAUGAAGUGAUAAAGAAAACAUUUUGAAAAUAACAUUGGGAGCGAGAAUUUUUCACCUUUGCUCAUUUAGAUAGGCAAUCUUUGUUUUAAGUCUUGUACAAAUAACACUAACACUGCAAAGAUUUCGCAUAUCCUAUUUACAUAUGUCAAUCAAUGUAAGAUCCAAAUACCUAGAUUAUAGAGCACAGCUGUGAAAUCCCCGGAAAUAUUUCCAAAAAUUCCUUAAGAUAAAUUUAAAGAAAAGAAUAAAUACAUAAAAUCAAGUAAA